GGAUGUUCACCUCAUCUUCCAAUAAACAUGUUGCCUUCUUGAGAAAAAGAAGAUCGAGGAAAAAAUAUGUGACAAUGCUUCCCCCCAAUUUUCACUCUUUCUUAUUUUUCAGUAAAUUUAAGAUAAUUAUGUUUAUUGUCAUGUUUUACUUUGUGUAUUUAUAUGUAUCUAUUAUUUAUAAAAAAUAUUUUAUUGAUCGCGCAAAACGCGAAAUAGUACACUAGCUCAUCAAUAAGAGAUUAAAUGAUACAAACAAGCAAGUGCCCAACAAACGCGGUCGUCGAAUCACUAAAUUCCGAGGGUGUGUGAAAAUCAGUAAACAACAAUUCCAUAAGAAUUUCACUCUUUUAACUCACUUUCCUCCUCCAAUUCGCUAAUACGGAUUUCGCACGCACGACAUACACCCAAUUAGAGAAAAAAAAGAAAGAAAUGGUGUCGUACGUGAGCUUGUUGCUGUACGGAGUAGGAGGGAUAGUGGUGGCCGGGAUGGCAAUACUGGUCGCCUUUCAGGAAAAACUUGUGUAUGUACCGGUCUUGCCUGGACUCACAAAGUCAUAUACAAUUACUCCCGCUCGGCUUCGGCUUCUCUAUGAAGAUGUUUGGCUCAGAUCUUCGGACGGGGUUCGUCUUCAUGCUUGGUUCAUCAAACUCUUCCCUGACUGCCGAGGUCCAACUAUUAUCUUUUUUCAAGAGAAUGCAGGAAAUAUUGCACACCGUCUUGAAAUGGUUGGCAUAAUGUUGCAACGUCUGCAAUGCAAUGUUUUUAUGCUUUCCUACCGAGGUUACGGAGCCAGUGAUGGAUGCCCUUCUCAACACGGGAUCACCAAGGAUGCUCAGGCUGCACUGGAUCACUUAGUUCAGAGGAACGAUAUUGACACAUCAAGAAUAGUAGUCUUUGGAAGGUCACUUGGAGGAGCUGUUGGAUCUGUUCUUACCAAAAACAAUCCUGACAAGGUCGCUGGGCUCAUUUUGGAGAAUACUUUCACCUCUAUCCUGGAUAUGGCUGGAGUUCUCUUGCCAUUCUUGAAGUGGAUCAUUGGGGGAAGUGGCUCAAAGGGUUUCAAACUUCUUAAUUUUGUUGUUCGAUCUCCAUGGAAUACAGUUGAUGUCAUUGGUGAGAUCAAGCAACCAAUCCUUUUCUUAUCUGGAUUACAAGAUGAGAUGGUUCCACCAUUCCACAUGCAGAUGUUAUAUGCAAAGGCAGCUGCACACAACAGGCAGUGCUUAUUUGUGGAAUUUCCUAAUGGGAUGCACAUGGAUACCUGGUUGGCAGGUGGUGAUCACUAUUGGAGGACAAUUCAGAAUUUUUUGGAAGAAACUGUCCCAGAGACGAAGGAUGAUGAUUCAAAGAAGGAUAAGGAAUUGUCCUCCAAGCAAAAUGUAUCUUCAGAUUUCGUUCCAAGCUGAAAUCUUGAGUUUCAGGCAGUUCAGAUGUAACUUUGGAUUCCAGGAUUCAAAUAUUUCUCUUUUGAUGAUGCAGCGACCAAGAGCACUUAGUGAUAUCAAGGAACGGAAGUGCAUCCGUACAAAUUUGUUCUUCUGGGGAUAUUUUUGGCUGUCCCUUUUUUAGAAGGCAAAAAGGUGUGAAGGGUCUUCAUUUAUACUGCAUCUCACCAACAAUACUAGCAUCUCCGGUUAUAGGUUCAGCUGACUCUUGUUGUAUGAAUAAGGAUUCAAACGUCUCAAUAGUAUGCAAAAAACGUAAAAUGCCAACUCCACCAGAGUGUGACCGGCGGAAGGCAUUCUUUCGCCUGAAUGGGUUACUCAUCUUUUUGUGUGAUUGCUUUAUCUUCAUACCGAGUUAUAAUUGGUGAACUUUCA